UUUCGUGAUAGUCAAAUGACAACCACAACAAUUCAAAAAAGAGAUCGUAUCUUACGGCAAACGAAAACGCGCGUUGGAAAUAUACAUUACAAAUACCCAAUCAACCAUGCUAAGAAAGCUUGUAAGUAUCUGGCAAUUCCUGCUUCUUCGGUUCCUUCUGAAGGCUAUUCUCAGAUGCUGGUAUUACAGAAAAACGCAAUCGAUUAG